AAGCUAUGAAAGUCUGCUCUCAUCGCUUCCUGGCUUGGGAGAUAUCGAUAUCACUAUCGAUGAUGCAGAGAGAGACAUACCUCAGAUCACGGCUUGUCUUCGUCGGACCGGAGGACAGCAGCUCACACACAUCACCAUUACAGCACCGUCAUCACUCCCAUCCGAGAAGAGGAGUGUAUCGAGAGAGACGAUGAGAGGAUUGGGUCUUCUGAUCAGAGAACAAACCAAGAACCUACAGUGGCUGCGUCUAUCCAGAGUGAAGGGCACGGACGAGGGAGACUUGGUUAAACUCGUUGAGUGUUGCAAACAUGUGGAGACGAUGAAUCAUCUAAUGCUUCUUGGCUGUGGGACAAAGUCAGACGGUAGACUAAGACAUCUCAUCACUUAUCUUAACAAGUUAGAGAAGUCACUCAGGGUGAUUGCCUUGCAUGAUAAUGGUCAACUCCUCGUAGAGAAAUGCCAGCUAUCUACCGAGAUGACUGCCAGAUUAUUGUCCUGUCUCAGAUCCUACAUCUCACUGAACCAUCUCAGCAUUUCAGACUCCUCUCUCAGUUUCCCUCCAUCUCCUCCUGAGCUUCCAUCCGUCACAAAGCUAUCAGCUAAGAGUGUGACGUCACAAAGCUAUGAAGGUCUGCUCUCAUCGCUUCCUGGCUUGAGAGAGAUCGAUAUCCGUAUCGAUGAUGCAGAGGGAGACAUAUCCCAGUUCACGGCUGGUCUUCGUCGGACCGGAGGACAGCAGCUCACACGCAUCACCAUUACAGCACCGUCAUGGCUCCCAUCAGAGAAGAAGAGUGUAUCGAGAGAGACGAUGAGAGGACUGGGUCUUGUGAUCAGAGAACAAACCAAGAACCUGCAGGUGCUAGGUCUGUAUGGAGUGGAGGGCACAGACGAGGAAGACUUGGUUUACCUCGUCGUGUGCUGCAGACAUUUCAAGACGAUGUCAGAGCUGUGGUUACAGUGUUGUGGAACUAGAGAGGGCGGCAGAGUGGAAUCUCAUCUCAAAGGUCUUCAAGCAUCAUCAUCUGGCGACCUCUCUGUGCAUAUUCAUCAUAAUAAUUUAUUUAGAAAGGUGUUCUUCAUUACCCAUACUGAUUGAGCCACAGUGCAGCUGUACCUGACAUCAUUUGUUUGUUCUCACGUUGGAUGAGUUCCAGUGAUGACUACACACUACCCGGUCAAGUUGAAAUGCUGCAUUGUCUCAUACCUGAUGUAUACCUGAUCUACUUCCUGGUAUUUAUUAACCCAUUUCCUACUGGAACCGGGCUAGUUUUGUAUUCAAAUUAUGGGGAAUAUGUUAUUAAAAUCAGUAGUCAACAUGUUAACUUCCAGGAGAAAUGAAGUUAAAUUGAUUUCAUCUUCAUUUCUAGAUAAUGUAGGCCCCUGCUAACCAGCUUUAUGCAUUGUCAUUGGUAAUUAUGUUAUUGAAUGUAAAUCUUGCCUCAUUUCCAUCAUCGUACUUGGACUAAUAGCACUCCUUAUUACAGUUUUUUUUCUCAAAUUAUCUUAGCAGCAUGUUGUUAAGAUUUAGAAACACUUAUGUACACAUACGUUGUUUGCACUGUUUUAUGAAUCAAAUGUAAUGAUGAUCUACGAUGUAGAUUCAUAAAAACUCAGCUGUUUUGGGAAAUGUUGUGAACAUAUUUGAAAAGGAUUAAUGUCCUCUGUUAAGACAUUGAUCUACAUUUGCCACACUAAACCCAGGUGAUGUAUAUGGGUAC